AUGAGAUCAUUUACAAGCUGUCAAGCUGUGGACAUGGACCGCUUGUUUGGGUUUUCUCUUUUGCUCGCCUACCUGUCAGUAAUAGAAAGCACGGGAAAAAAGGAUAGCUGUUUAUCACAACCAGGCGAAGUACUUUGGAAGAAAAUAGGAGACGCUGCUGAUCUCUCUUGUAACGUCAGUUCAGACUGUUCAGGCCUGCGUUACCAGUGGUUUGUUUUCAAAGAAGAAGGCCAUCUUCGCCUGGACGUGGAGAGCAAUCAUCCCAAGUACAGCUUGAAUGGAGCAUCUUUACACAUCAAUUCACUUAUCAUUAAUGACAGUGGGAUCUAUCACUGUGCUGCAGUGUCAAAAGGAAAAACAGCACCUGGCGCACAGCAUAUAGGGACGGGUACACUUCUUGAAGUAAAGGAGGUCUUAAAAACCACGUUGAGAAACAUUCUCCUGUGGAUAUCAUUUGCCCUGUUGUCUGUCUACAGCUUGGCAAUAGUGACCCUUAUCAUUCUAAAGAAGUAUGGCUGUACUAUAUGCUCGGGCAAAAGGAUGCACACACCUGACAAGAAUAACUCAAUUAGAAAAAAACAAUUCCACCAUGUGCUUCAAGAAAUGUACAGCAAAAGGAACGAAGAGAGAACCAAACAAACUGUUAGCAGAAACAGCCCUCGUGUUGAGGCUGCAUGUGCUGACUUCACAAGCUCAACUGAUGACAUCUAUCAAAAUACAGUUUAAAAAAUCUUCAUCCUGAACGAGAGGAAACUCCAGAGUCAUGAAACACCCGACUGAGGACAAUGGAAUCUUUACUUUUGUGACUAAGGACUCAAUGAAGGCUGGAAUUGAGUUGUGUGCUUGCUCACCUUUUCUCAUGAAGUUUCACAUAUAAACUACAACAAAAGGUU